UAAUUUAAAUUCUUCAAAAAUAAAUCAAACUUUGAGAAGGUUGACGUGGAGAACUAUUAUUGGUUUUCAAUUCAAGUUUAAUUUACACCACGACAUAGAAGAUCUCCGCAGCAUCGACGAAUAACAGAAUCUUGAUCCCACACUCAGUCGCGCAUAUAAACAGGGGUCAAUACAGUCGGGGAAAGUCUUGCAGGAAUCCACCACCAUAAUCACAAAGUUAUUAUUACAUCCCAUUUUCCACAGAGCCAGAGUUCAAGCGUAAAAAAGUGAGCUCUGAUUUGAGGUGCUUAAAGACUAAACAUGAGUCUAGCAUGUCUUGUGUGCCAUAGUGUAGAAAGUCCUUCGCACUCUUUCAGGAGUUACUCCGUCUCCAGCUCAGACAAUGAGGGAAGAUGUUCUGCAAUGGCAAACUGCUUAACCAGGAAGUUAUCUGUUCCAGCUCCGAGAUCAAAUCCAUCCAUGCCAUCAACAUCCAAGGUCACCCCACAUCCAAGCUUUCAGAACCCUAGUGGAAUGGCAGGUGCUCCACGGCUAGUCCGAAGUCAUGCUGUGAGAAGGGAUCUUGUGAGGGACUGGAACUUCGAUGAGCUUCUGAUGGAGCGCUAGUUUGUGGUUAGGAGAGUGGGGAGCCUUCUCCCCCGUCGGGAUAGCAUUAGAGCUUUAUCUUUGCUCUUUUUUUUUCCCUAUAUUAUGCUAGAUUUCCUCGUAGGUGCAAAUGCAAUUGAACUAACUUUUCCACCAGAAGAGUUUGAGCAUUUGUUACCAUCUUAGUAAAUACUAAAUCUGAAACAGUGCUCACACUUUUCAUCCCUCUGCUCUUUGAGGUUUGCACUUUUCGAAGUAUAUCCCAUAAUAUCUCUCUAUUAAAAAAAUUGUUUUACAGUAUGGAAUGGUCCAAAUUGUAAAACAAUGACUCUUGAAUGAAGGAUGGGGCCCUUGAUAUUGAGUUUCUUCUCUCAUCCAAGGGUCUUAUUUUAUGGUCUGAACUAUAAAAUGACCAACCCAUC